AUGGAGACGUCGCGGGUGAAGCCCGGGUUCAACGGCGUGGGCGUGGGCGUGGGCGUGGGCAUGGGCUCCGUCAACGGCAGCAGCCGCCGGCCCGGCUACGGCUACUACAUGGGCUCGGGCGCAGCGGCGGCCGGCGGUGGCAGGGCGGCGCAGGCGCCGGUGGACGGGUGCAGCGUGGCGCUGCGCGUGUUCGUGCUGGCGUCGACUCUGGUGUCCGCCGUGGUGAUGGGCGUGGACCGGCAGACGAGCACCAUCCGGAUCACCAUCUCCGACACGCUGCCGCCGCUGGAGGUGCCCCUCACCGCCAAUUGGUCCUACUCCUCCGCCUUCGUGUACUUCGUGGUGGCGAACGCUAUGGUGUGCCUGUUCUCGGCGGCGGCGCUGGCGGCGUGCCGGAGCCGAGCCGCCAUGGUGCCCGUGAUGGUGGGGGACCUGCUGGCGCUGGCGCUGCUCUACUCGGCCGUGGGCGCCGCCGCGGAGUUCGGCAUCCUGGGCGAGCGCGGCAACUCGCACGUGCGCUGGGCCAAGGUCUGCAACGUCUACGGCCGAUUCUGCGAGCGCGCCAUGGCCGCCGUCAUCGUCUCCCUCAUCGGCGCCUUCGCCAACCUCGUCCUCCUCAUGCUCAACAUCCUCACCAUCCACAAGAGCUCGUCCUACUACUAG